GAGAGAGAGAGAGAGAGAGAGAGAGAGAGAGAGAGAGAGAGAGAGAGAAAAGAGAGUGAAGAGAGAGACUGUAACUGGAGUAGGCUCUUCUGGGCAGCAGCACACCUCCGUCGUUCCCUCUACGGACAUCCUCUGGCUGGCUGUGUGCGGGCCACCCUUCCAACGGGAGCUGACUCCGCGAGGGAUCUGUGUUAAGUGUGAAUGACAGAGUGUGUGUACAUCAGCGAAGCGGAGCGCAAGUCCGCGGCAUGGAUCGAGCUCGGCUCUACAUUGCUCAAGAUGGUUGUGCCACCCAUGGGUGAAGCUAUGCCCAGCUCAGUUCCGGACUAUACUCAAACCACAUGAUCCCCAGGAAGCCCUGGCACGACCUUCCAGCAAGAUGGGAAAUGCGUCGGAAACAUCUUUGUUUGUGUCCACCAUAUCUAAAGAGAACGACAUCCUCAUGGGAACCAUCUAUACUAUCUUUGGUGUCCUCUCUAUGGUGGGGAAUGGCAUCCUGCUGUUUGUGGCCUAUCGCAAGAAGUCCUCCUUGAAGCCAGCUGAGUUUUUUGUGGUGAACCUCUCCAUCAGCGACCUUGGUAUGACCAUCACUCUGUUCCCCAUGGCCAUCCCCUCAGCAUUCUCUCACAGGUGGCUGUACAACGAGGUGACGUGUUUGGGAUAUGCCUUCUGCGGCGUCGUCUUCGGUCUGGCCAGCCUCUCCAACCUGACUGUGCUGUCAUCCGUGUGCUGGCUCAAGGUCUGCUGUCCCAACUACGGCAGCAAGUUUUCCACCAGCCACGCCUGCCUCCUGGUGGUGGGAGUGUGGUGCUACGCCUCCAUCUUUGCCGUGGGGCCCCUGAGCGGCUGGGGCCAGUACGGCCCGGAGCCCUACGGCACGGCCUGCUGCAUCGACUGGGAGGCCCCGGGACACAGCAUGGCCGCCAUGAGCUACAUCAUCUGCCUCUUCCUCUUCUGCUACAUCGUGCCCUGCACCAUCAUCUUCCUCUCCUACAUCUUCAUCCUCCUCACCGUCAGGGGGUCCCGCCAGGCCGUGCAGCAACACAUGUCCCCCCAGAACAAGAUUUCCAACGCGCACACACUCAUCGUCAAGCUCUCCGUGGCAGUGUGUAUCGGCUUCCUGACGGCGUGGAGCCCCUAUGCGUUUGUCGCCAUGUGGGCAGCGUUCGGUAAACGCUUCAACGUGCCCCCCAUGGCCUUUGCCUGGGCGGCCAUGUUUGCCAAAUCCUCCACCAUUUACAACCCCAUCAUCUACCUGUCCUUCAAGCCCAACUUCCGCAAGUCCCUCUGCAGAGACGUGGCUCACUGCAGACGGACGCUGUGCCUGUGUCUGUGCCGCCACAGCUCAGUCCAGUCCUACAAGGGCUCUCAAGGCAAUGACAAAGACCAGUGUCAAUCCACGAGGCUGUCCAACGGCCUUCCUGAGAACCACGGGUCUUGCAGGCACUGCCCGUGCCCAGAGGGAACCUCCGAGCCCCGGGGGAACUGCCAGGACUACACCCCCCAGAGGACCGCUCGGGUGCUCAUGGGGUCUACGCACAGCGAAGUGGCUGUCAGCCAGAUCUCCAACGAGAUGCAGAGUGACUUCCUAUAGACGGGCGCGGCUCGAGAUUAGGAGAAUAGAAAGAGAAGAGAAAAGCAGUUGGGGGGGAAACACGAGAAAAGUUGUAAGGUGGAAAAAAGACUAUGUUCCUUCAAAUACUGCCAAAAUAACACGUAUAACCACAAACUCCAAAGCAAAACUUUUGAUCAGGCAAACCAACCAUACAGUACUGUACCUUGUGAGUUGUCAGACAUGGGUCGGCAACAAAAAUCAUCCAUUAUGUUCAAGUGUUCACACUGACUGUAUGGCGUGAAAACCGUGAAUUCGGCGUCAGGGGAGUGGGUGGGGGAUGGGGUUGGUAAUGUAAGGGGGUACUAAAUGGUGUACACAUUAAGCUAAAUGCAGUGGCAGGUAAUGGGGGCCAUGUGCACCAUGUGAGACCAGCUCUUUUGUUCUGGUCGUACGUUGAAGUGGAUGUCAAUCAAUAUUAUCCUUGAUCAAGCAGCCAUGUUCAGAGCAGAUCUGCACCAAAUAAGCCCUGGUCACAAGGUCACACUCCAAACGCGUUAUGCCUACCGAGCGAAACGCCUUCUUAGUAACAAAGGUAGAAUGUACAAGCCAAUGGCCCACCGAAAAAUAAAACAAACCCCCCCAAAAACAGGUUUUAUGUGUUUGUGAGCACUUUACAAGCCUAAAGGCUCAUUAUUACAGGUGACAGACUAGUGAAACGUUCCGCACAUCAGCCUGUGGGCAAUUCAAUGAAACGGACACAUCAUGUGAACUUGGAACUUGGUCGACGAUGCAACGUAUGAUUUUGUUAUAUUUAUGAAAAAGGUAAAUGAAAACUAUAAGAUGUGGACAACAAUCAAUAAAAAGGGCAGAAAGGAUGGAAACAACAGAUCAGACGUGUGUGCCUGUGUACUUUGGGUGACCUAUGCAGGGACAGGACGAUUUCAUCUUCCUGCUCUAAUGAAAAUGCCUCAUAUUUGGUCAUCCCAGACAAAAACUGAUGGAAUACACAAUAAAGGAAAAUGAUACAAAUGAAGAUAAAAUAGUUGAACAAAUUAAAAAGUCAUCUUUAUUAGUCUAGUCUAGAAAAUAAUAUUAUACAGUACAAAUAAUGUGGUAUUAUUGAAAAUAUGUUUUCCUUUUUGAUCUCCCACCCCCCACCACUGUCAUUCUGGAGGUUUUUCUUGUCCAACCGCCCUUCUAGAAACUUCCAUGAAACAGAUUGAUGGCUCUGGUAAACAUGGAGGACGAGUGUGCUGACCUGCAGCGGGGGGCAAGUUUCUGGCUGGAUACACAAAUUAGCCUCUUCUUCCUUAGCCUGAAAACCAACUCGGAGCAAUCACGGAGCUUUUCACAGUACGGACAGGACAGCCAACUCACAGUGCUGUGUGUUUGUUUGUGUUAGUGUGUGCAUGUGUGCACAUGGGAUAUGAUGAGUUAAUUUGCAUAUGUGGAUGUUUCGCCUGCCCGUUUAUACUAAAUAGGCUUUCAUGUUGAUAUGUGUGCAAGUGAGAGCAGUUGAUACCCUUCUCCUCGGUCACAAACAAACCAACAGGGGGGAAAAUAAGCGAAACAAAUGUGCUGCAAGCUCUUGGAUAAGGAAGGAAAAAUGAGGAAGGAAAAAAACUGACGAGUGGAUUAAAAUAUUUGUUGUCUGUUUAUUGUAGGCAAUUUCAAACUGAGAAUGGACAUUUAGUACUAGCAUUUGCCGGGUAAGCAUAUUUUCGCUGAGAUGCAGAAGCCAUCUCAUAGUGUUAAAAGCCAUUUCCAACAGACUCGUUAACUAUCUUGUCAUAUUUGAGUAUUUAUUUAUUAUUCUUUUAUUGCCAUUACCUUACUUAGUCUGUCAAAAAAAAAAAACAGUCAGCAUAAAAGCCCAUCUACACAACAGUGUUCAGAUUCAGCAUUGUGUGCCGUUUACUGAAGGAGAACACAACCCUGCUGUUAUAUUUUGACACUAAGCAGCUAUAGAUCAUCUUGGCCUACCAAGAGCAAACGUUGUGAUCUGCUCUGCAACUGGCUGACUCAAUCUCUGACUUUGGAGCCCAGCGCAGCUUACUGACCUGCCCUUGGCCAGAGAGAGAGAGAGAGAGAGAGAGAGAGAGAGAGAGAGAGAGAGAGAGAGAGAGAGAGAGAGAGAGAAAGAGAGAGAGAAUGUACAUCAGGUCAUCAGGGUCUAUCUGAGGAAACACGGAAUGAAAAGAACCUGCAGUGUUACCUAGUUCAGAUAGCAUCGGGUCAGCCUCGCUGCCGAUUCGAUAGUUCUUAAGAUUGCCUCUGUCACCCUCUCAUUAUUCCCAUGGAAACACAGGGUAAAAAUACCCCUCCUCCCCCGUUCCCCCCCGGCCCCCAACCUUCUCCCCCCUCCCUUGGAGGCCAUGUAGGUGUUGAGGUCCCACAGGAAUGUCAAACAUCAACUUGACCUCCAGACCGGGUUCAUAGGUGAGCGGUAGUGUACAGAGUUUUAGUGGUCAUUGUGUUGGGACCCAGGGGCCCCUGUCACACCAAAUCUGAAUGUUAGCGUCCACGACAAACAGUGCCAAUGUACAGUCUGGGUUGAAGGGGGGAGGGGGGAAAAGAAGGAAAUACUCAACUUUACAUUGGACCUUUUAUUCAUUUGACGCUUUUAUCCAAAGUGACAACUUGACACCUUUAAAUAUCAGAUGUUUUUUUCUCCCUGCGUCUCCAGUUGUGUUGGUUGAGCCCACAACCUUGGAUAGAAAGGUGAUGGAGGUAUAAACCAGGAACCAUGACUGUGAAUUUAUGAUGUCUCUUUUCUAAUAUGUCAUUAAUCAUAGACUGCACAGUAUAUAUCUAUCCAUCUAUCUAUUUAUCUAUCUAUCACACCCUCAUGCCAUGGCAUCCAACCAGCACACAGAUAUAUGACGUCAGGGAUUUUCAAGGUUCGGUUUGCAUGUACUGUAUGUUGAUAUGUUUGUGUACAGAUGCUAUAUAUGCAGUAUAUUAACACAGCGGAAGAGAGAAAUGAUGUAUAUACCAGCCCAAUGCAUUCAUUUGGGGGCCCCAAACAUGUGUCCUUGGAAAGGGGUGUGUGUGUGUGGGGGGGGGGCUUCACAAACGACUGUCUAUUCCCAUCUGAAAAUCAUUUAGGCAGUAUUUGUAUUAAUGUGACAGUGCCAAUUUAAUACACCUCAUUCUGAUUCUCAGUGUUACGUCUCCAGGAGUUUAAAUCUAUUUUUCCAUAAUGAUUCACUUACUGUGAAGGAGAGAGAGUUAAAAGAGAGAAAGAGACAGAGAGACAUUUUCCUUUUAUUGAGCUUCAGGGUCAUUUGCCAAGGGCAAAAAAUAACAAAUUCUAAAAAACCUUUAUCCGCCUCAGUUUCUGAUUAAGGCCAGGCUCCAUUCAAUCAAAGUCGAAAAGCAAUUUCUCGAAAUGUGAUUUUUGUCAAAGCACAGUCCAUGACUGUCAUGUCUGGAGCUCUCGAAGGACCACAUGGGUCCAUUUAAGACAGUCUAGCAUGUGUUCGUUCCUUAUGCUGCACAGCCCGACAGGCAAUGCAAUGAUACUUAUACAAUGAUCACAUUGUAUAAGUCCUGAUAUGCAACUUUUCCAGCAUGAAUGUGACCAUCUUUAAGUUCUGAACUCUUUGAAGAGAAGGGGACAGUGUCCCAUUGAAAGCAUUCUGAGAUAAGUAAAAAAUAAAAAACAAUAGUUAGCUGCCUCCGCCCAUGUAGUACAAGAAGGUGCUGACGGUGUGAGAAACAACAUGGAAGAAUCCAAAACGUCUGAGAUCAUUCCUGACUGUACAGAACUUACCGUUCUAUAUUCAUCCAGCUCAAAACAAUUGAUUCCCAUCGCUUAGCGGUUUGAAAGAGUAGUCGAGAAGGGACUAAAGCCAUGUGAUCACAUUCAGAACAAUGCCCUGAAUCAGCAGAAACGUACGGCCGGGGAAUAUUCUCAGCCCUCUUCUUUUCUUUUUGCUCGGACUGAAUGGCGUGUUCAAUCUUCCAUCCCGCCGUCUACAUACAGACUAGCUAAUCCGCUGUCAUUGUUAGAUAUCUACAUGGGCACGGCUGGGAUUUGAAUCUCUCCACUGUAGCAGGCAAGUGGUAGAACUUCAGUUCAAACUCGAUCUGCACUCACAUUGCUCUGACUGAAUGGCCUGUCCUCGAGUGGUCUGUGAAUUGACGUCGCUACCGUUUGUGCUAAAGCGAGGGCCCUCCGCUCUUGACAAACACACACCAACAGUCUCCGCCCCCUACUUCCAAUGACACAACAUGAGGCUGCUUGUUGAUGUGAUGUAUAUAAAGUAUGUGGUUCUAUAUCAAGUAUAAGGUUUGAAAAAUAUUGAAAUAUUAAGAAUAUUGCUGUCAUAAUAACUAUCGUGUAACUUAAUAUCAUUAUUGUCAGUGAAGUUUCAGAUGCACUGUGAAAACAUGUUUACAUCCAAGAUUAAAAAAAUAAAACAUUUUAUU